AUGGUAGCUGACAUGCGUCGUCGGUGCGGAGAGGGAAGCGAAGGGAGAGCUCAGAGAUGGGAGUUCACCCUGAGCGGCAACGCCUUGAGGACCUUGGCUCGCUCCAUCGCUUGCCUCUCCCGCAUCGGCAACGACCUCGCUAUUCAAGCUUCUCCUUCCCAGAUCAAGAUUCUCAUACUUGUAUUCGACCUCCAGCUUUCCUUUGACGCACUCAAUUCGUCAAGAUCUGCCUAUCAAUUGAUUACCUUCAAGCCAGAUCUCUUUGAUGUGUUUACAGUAUCUGGCGAACAGGUUCAGUGCAGCGUUCUUCUGAAGGCUGUCUGUUCUGUCCUUAGAACACCAAUUACAAACAUUGAUUAUUUGAGGGUGCAAUUACCGGACAUCAAUACAUCAAAAGUUCAAUGGGCUCUGCAGUGCUUCGAUGGUAUUAAGAAAGCAUACUGGAUUACUUGCAAUGUUGACCCCGACAUACAACAAUUAUCUCUGGAUAGGAGAAGAUACCCGAGCAAUUUUUUAGUGAGGCCUCGUGAUCUGAACAGAUUGCUUGCAAAUUUUCAGUCAUCCCUUCAGGAAAUUACUAUCAUUGCAACGGAACACAACUCCGACCCUUCUGAUGCUGCAAGUGAAUUUGGUGGGAAAGCUGUUGAGUUUCGAAGCUACAUUGAUCCUACCUAA